UCUUCUUCUUCUACACACAGUUCAUUCAUUGGUUAACCCAAGCUCAGAGAAAAAUGCCUCUUCCUCUCUCUUCUCCUUCUUUUCGAGUCAUCAUCAUCUUUCUCUCUUUCUUCUUGCUUCUUUCCGAUGGCUUCUCCUCACCUUCUCCUUCUCUACGCAGCCUCCACCAUCGUCACCGCCUCGACAACCACAAUUACAAAGACGCUCUCACCAAAUCCAUUCUCUUCUUCGAAGGUCAAAGAUCCGGAAAACUUCCUCCGAACCAAAGGAUGACUUGGAGGAGUAACUCUGGUCUCUCUGAUGGCUCUGCCCUCAACGUGGACUUGGUUGGAGGAUACUACGACGCAGGGGACAAUAUGAAGUUUGGAUUCCCAAUGGCAUUCACAACCACAAUGCUCUCAUGGAGUUUAAUUGAGUUUGGUGGUCUCAUGAAUUCUGAAUUACCAAACGCUAAAAACGCAGUUCGUUGGGCCACUGACUUUCUCCUCAAGGCCACUUCACAUCCUGACACCAUUUAUGUUCAGGUUGGUGAUCCAAACAUGGACCAUGCUUGUUGGGAGAGACCAGAAGACAUGGAUACACCAAGAAGUGUGUUUAAAGUAGACAAGAACAAUCCUGGUUCUGAUAUCGCCGGUGAAAUCGCGGCCGCUCUUGCCGCCGCUUCCAUUGUUUUCCGCAAUUGUGACCCUUCUUAUUCUAAUCUCCUCCUCCAACGAGCCAUAACGGUUUUUGAAUUUGCGGACAAAUACAGAGGACCCUACAGCGCUGGCCUAAAACCAGAAGUUUGUCCGUUCUACUGUUCUUACUCCGGAUAUCAGGAUGAAUUGUUAUGGGGUGCAGCUUGGUUACACAAAGCAACAAAUAAGCCCACAUAUCUCAGUUACAUAAAAGAUUAUGGACAAAACCUUGGAGCUGAUGAGUCUGAUAACAUGUUUAGUUGGGAUAAUAAGCAUGUUGGUGCCAGGAUUCUUCUCUCCAAGGAGUUUCUGAUUCAGAAAGUGAAGACACUUGAAGAAUACAAAGAGCAUGCUGAUAAUUUUAUCUGCUCUGUUAUACCUGGAGCUCCAUUUUCCUCUUCCCAAUACACACCAGGUGGGCUUUUGUUCAAGAUGGGUGAGAGCAACAUGCAAUACGUGACGUCAACAUCGUUCUUGCUCUUGACCUACGCCAAAUACUUGUCCUCUGCUCGCACCGUCGCUCACUGUGGUGGCUCCGUCGUCACCCCCGCCCGCCUCCGCUCCAUCGCCAAGAAACAGGUGGACUAUCUACUUGGAGACAACCCAUUAAAAAUGUCAUACAUGGUCGGUUAUGGUCCGAAAUAUCCACGUCGGAUUCAUCACCGUGGCUCAUCUCUCCCCUCCGUCGCAAACCACCCGACCAAGAUCCAAUGCCACGACGGCUUCUCCAUGUACAACUCUCAGUCUCCUAAUCCCAACGUUCUACUCGGUGCGGUCGUUGGUGGUCCGGACCAGAACGACCAAUUCCCUGACGAACGGUCCGACUACCAACGGUCCGAGCCAGCCACUUACAUUAACGCCCCACUUGUUGGAGCUCUGGCUUAUCUCGCUCGCUCCUUCGUCUAAUUAAGCUUUAUAAAUCGUAAUUAAUUAGCCGUUGCUAUUAAAAUGUUAAUUAAGUAGUAAUGUACUAGUGAUUCUAUGAAUGAAUGGCUAAGAUGGUC